AUGGCCGAGUCACCCGCUAGUAUCAUGAAGCUAUCUCUACCUCUAGCGAAUGAAGACCUGGGGCGUCUGAUUAGACGUAUCGAGCAACAUUGUCCAUCCGAAAACACUCUCACCGUUACUUUCUCGCAGGAACACAAGGCCUCACAGGUACACGUCAACGAUGGCGCAAUUACCAAACCCAUAGCAAAGACUAGACGCGUGAAGAAAUCUUCAACCGUGAAGCAAGAGAUCUUACCCGAGAACAACAACAAGGAAGCCCACAAACAUCCAAAGAAAUCCUCCGUGCAGGCGUUAGGAAUGAUAAACGUCGCAAACCUUACUGAACAGGAGACAGCUGACCUGAUCAUGAUUAUGUGUCCAGCCGACUUUGCAGGCGUGAAAUGCAAUCAGACAGAUUGCAAGUUUCUCAGGCGAUGUGAGUCAAUGCAAGAGCAUGAAUCGAUCAGUUGUGCCAUGGUGAGAUGCACCUAUAUUCACGGUUUAAAGGUCUCGUGUCCGAAGAUCCUCACGGAUAGAGGAUGUGUUACAUUGUUUCUCUCCAGGCUUAGCCCGAGUUACUGUCAGUUCGGCCACGACCAUCGUGCGGCGAGGUUAUUCAACUACAAGGAAGGCUCUGCGUGUCACGGCGUGCUGAAUUUGGAGACUAAAAAGAAACGCCGGCUGGCUGGUCCAGGACCAGCCGGCUUUGGGUUGGUACCUCGGGCUGGCGCAAUUUGA